AUGAGUGCCCUCAGAUAUUUAGUCCCCCCCUCCCCAAAUCUCCGAACCUGGUGUCCCCUGACGAGGAGCACCUUCUCCACGACCUGCGGACGUCUGGAGGGCCAAAAGACUGGCCUAUUCUCAAGGAUCAAGAGCAUCUUCUCAGGUGCAUCAGAGAAUAUAAUCGACCAUCAAAGAAGAACCCUAAUGGGUUUCGAGUCAACCGCAAAAACCCCUGAAAAUCGAAUAAAAUACAUAAACAUACCCCCGAAGAACGAGGACGCUGGCUUCCGAAAGGAGUGGGGUGUCAGCAUCUCGGACAGCUCCAUCGAGAAGGAAGUCACCGAGGAGCACACGCCCAACUACGUCCUCAAGCAGAAAUGGGGUGUGAAUUUGUACGAGCCGAUUAAGGCUAAAAAAAGGCAAUCAAGACGAUUCCUCCCGCAGAUUCCGCAACGCGAGAUGAAGUCAUCGGACCUGACUUCAAUGCUGGAGAGGCAGUUCAUGGAUUCCAUAGAGAGGCACAAAGUUGAGAUGAGACACGAGAGUCCACCACCGAUCAUCGACCCGGGGAUCUCCAUUGUGCCUCCAAUUGACGAUGAACUAGAACCUCUGAAGCCGAAGGAAGAAUCAGAAUCGCCGAUGGCAUUGGGAGAAGCGAAAGAAGUGAAAGAAGUGAAAGCUGACUCGGGACAUCUGUGGAUCGACGAGAGAUCACCUACUGAAGACGUCGAGGACGAAAUUGCUGCCUGGCAGGAGGUGAUGGCCCGGACGAAGCUUCGGGUGGAGGAGAUGGCGCUGGCCGAGAAGAUGAAGAAGUUUGAAGCAGAGAAGAAGAUGCACGAAGAGAAGUUCUCGAUUCUUCCCGAGGCACCUGCGCCCAAGCUGGACGUAGCCGUGAUCAAGCCUCUGGACUCGAAGCUUCAGGAGUACGUGAACCCAAGUGAGGCGAUGCUCGAUGUCAAGAAUAUGCCGCACCGCGUGGAUUCUAAGAAGUUUCAUACGUUGAGUUUGUUCUUCCUAUGUCUGUCGAUGGGAGGCCCCGGGAAGUUUGACGACGAGGGGGAGACGCAGUUCCUCCCCGUGAGCAUCGCUGAUGGUGUUGAGGGCUCCGAGGAGGGGUUGGAGAAUCAAGCAGGUGAUGCUGAAGUUGCAGAGCAUCUGGACGCAGCAGAAUCCGAAGAAGUACAUGAGGACAUCGAGGGCAUCCAGAAGAUCGCGGAGGGGAGCGGUCUGAAGAUGACUGAAGAGGAGAGUGUCGAGCCGAAGAUGAAGGAUUUUGAUGAUUACGUCAGGAUUCCGGGAGAUCCCUAUCCCUUCAAAAGAGAAUACUUCGAGAAAUGGCAGACGCCUCAUGGGAGUCCACUGACCAGAGAAAAUUCAUCGUAUUCCGAGCACAAACACGAAUAA